GCUCCCUGGGCCUCGGCGGGGAGAUCCAGCAGGCCUGGGGCGCUGGCCCCCAGAGCUCUAGAAGUCAGGGACCUGCAUUUCGUCUGAGAGCGAGCCCUUCCAUUACGGCGGAUUCAGGGGACGGGAGAGCUUAGGAACAGCGCCCAGCUUAGCACCUGGAGGACGGGGCAAAGUAGGAGGGUGGAGCCCGAAAGAGUAGGCUGGCCGGGCGCGCGCGGGCGCUAAGUCCCUUUGCCCAUCACUGUGAGUGAAGGAGAGCGACCCAGGCUGCUAGGAAGAUGCCUGGCCAUUACAGCCUGAGGCCUUACACGUAUGUCUUUUUGUUGAGGUGAAUCUGAUUAAUGAGCCCCUGGUGAUAUUUGUUUGUGCAACUACAGGCCAAGGAGAUCCCCCGGACAACAUGAAGGUAAGGCUGACCUGAAGUGGCUUUCUCUGCUCAGGAGCCCAGAUCCCUGCCCUCAACCCACAUCCCACUUUCAUUGCUUGGAAAGUCUUGAGAGGAACAGUAGGUGCCUUCUUGUAUCUGCUGCACGUUAGCCAUGGAUUUGGAAGGAUGUCUUUGGGUGGCCCUGGGGGCUCGGUUGUCUUCCCUAAUAAACUAUUCACAGGCUACCACUGUAACUUUUCAUAUUUUCCUAGGGCUAUGUAGAAAUCUGAUAUGAGUCAUGUGUAUUUCAAAACUGUUCGACCUUCAGGGAACAUUCUUCAAUUCUUUGGCCAUCUUCUGAGCACACACCGUAUUCCAGGCAUAAUCUGGCGCUAGGACUCUGGCUGUGAACCUUGUAGUUACACUUCUACCCUCACGGAGCUCAAAACAUAGCAAAGGCAAGAGUUGAACUGGCAGUUACAGUACCAAGAAGUGCACGCUGCCAGGAAAGUGCCGGAUGUUAUGGGAGCACUAACGGGGGCUCUCUGGCCCAAUCCGGAAGUUCAGGGAGGGCUUUUGGAAAGCGUGGAGUAUAGGCAAGCCCGGAAAGAUAAGGGGCGGGGGGGGCUAGCCAGGCACUAGGAAAGAGGGAGCAGCCCCUGGAAAGAGCAGAAAGCAGUUUCGGAUAGUUGAGCCAAGGAGUGAGUCAGAGUUGGAGGGGAGAAGGGUGGCCGGCAGCCGGGCUGGAUCCCAAGGAGCCCAGCAGCCACAGAGAGGCGGAUGGACGUGAAACCAAGGGCCGUGGGAUCCGUGGGGUGACGCAGUCAUGUCCAUAUUCUAGGAAGACCAGCAGUUGUCUGCAGGGGAGACGGGCUGUAGGAGAGCAAGAACAACCCCAGGGUGCACAGAGCAGCCCAGAGACUGGCGGCUUGAGCCAGGGUGGGGGCAGAGUGGAGAAAAGCCAACGUACUGCAGAGAUGUCAGGAAGGUGAAAUGGACUGGACAUAGAAUCGAAUCUCAAAGUUGAGAAAGAAGGUGGAAUCGAGACAGGAGUUUGGGCUCAGGUACUAAGAUGGACGGCAGUUGCACACGCAGAUGUGAGAGAAUGGGGGCGGGUGAGGUACCUGGCUGUUCAGGUGGCAGCACAGUGGGUCCGGAGCUCUAAUGAGCUCCUAGGUGGAGGUAGAUGUCGGAGUGGCCAAAAUACGGAGGCGUGCGAAAGGAAGCUGCCCCCUGCCCCCAGGACAGGCUGCCCUGUCCACUUUGAGCCUGGCAGGUGGGAAAAGCCUGUGGCCGCAGCGGCCAGAAGAGGGCGUGCGCCCCUUCCAAGGUCAAGGCAGAGAGGUGACUCUCUUCAGAAGGUCUCCCGCACUCACACAGCCGGGAAACAAGGGCUUCUGGAAGUUCAUAUUCCGAAGAAACCUGCCGUCGACCUCCCUCUGUCAGAUGGACUUUGCCGUCCUGGGCCUUGGGGAUUCCUCUUACGCCAAGUUUAACUUUGUGGCCAAGAAGCUGCACCGCCGGCUGCUGCAGCUGGGGGGCAGCGCCCUCCUGCCCGUGUGUCUGGGCGAUGACCAGCACGAGCUGGGGCCUGAUGCCACCAUCGACCCCUGGCUACGCGACCUGUGGGAGAAGGUACUGGGGCCGCAUGCUGUGCCCCUCGACCUUGGUGUGACCGCGCCCGCAGUCCCCUGGCCCUCCAGGUUCACCCUGCAGCUCCUUCAGGAGGCCCCCAGGAAGUGCUCGGAGGAGCUGAGCGUGGCCGGGACAGACCCUCAGGGACCGCCUUCAGAGCUGCAGCCCUUCCUGGCACCCAUGGUCACCAACCAGAGGGUCACCGGCCCCUCACACUUUCAGGAUGUCCGCCUGAUUGAGUUUGACAUCUCGGGCUCCGGGAUCAGCUUUGCAGCAGGCGACGUGGUGCUGAUCCAGCCCGAGAACGCGGCCAGCCGCGUCCAGCAGUUCUGCCAGCUGCUGGGCCUGGACCCCGACCAGCACUUCAUGCUGCAGCCCCAGGAGCCAGGUGAGUCCCCAAGCCCAGGGUGGGGCCCCCCUCGUGCUGCCCUCUCCCCUGCCGCCCCAGUCCCUGGCCCCCACAGCCUCCCAUCCCCUGCGGCAGGUGUCCCUUGCCCAGAGCGGCUGCCCCAGCCCUGCUCCGUGCGGCGCCUCGUGUCCCAGUAUCUGGAUAUCUCCAGCGUGCCCCGCCGCUCCUUCUUUGAGCUCCUGGCCUGCCUCUCCCCGCACGAGCUGGAGCGGGAGAAGCUGCUGGAGCUCAGCUCUGCCCGAGGCCAGGAGGAGCUGUGCGAGUACUGCACGCGGCCCCGCAGGACCAUCCUGGAGGUGCUGUGCGACUUCCCACACACGGCCAGCGCCGUGCCCCCGGCCUACCUGUUCGACCUCAUCCCCCCGAUCCGGCCGCGGGCCUUCUCCAUCGCGUCCUCCCUGCUGGCUCACCCUGAGAGGCUGCAGAUCCUCGUGGCCGUGGUGCAGUACCGGACACGCCUCAAGGAGCCCCGCCGGGGCCUCUGCUCCUCCUGGCUGGCGUCUCUGGACCCCGGGCAAGGACCUGUCCAGGUGCCCCUGUGGGUGCGUUCCGGGGGCCUGAAGUUCCCAGAGACACGAGACACGCCCGUGAUCCUGGUGGGGCCUGGCACGGGCGUGGCCCCCUUCCGAGCAGCCAUCCAGGAGCGCGUGGCCCGGGGUCAGAUUGGAAACGUCUUGUUUUUCGGCUGCCGCCAGCGGGACCAGGACUUCUACUGGGAGGCAGAGUGGAAGGAGCUGCAGGAGCGGGGCUGCCUGACUCUCAUCACAGCCUUCUCCCGGGAGCAGGUGGCUGUGUGGCGGCCGGGAGGGCGGCGGGGAGGGCGGCCGGGACGCAGACUCAUCCCACCCACCCCUGCUGCGUCCUCCCCGCAGGAGCAGAAGGUAUACGUGCAGCACCGGAUCCGCGAGCAGGGGCCACUGGUGUGGGAGCUGCUGGAGCGCCGGGGCGCCCACUUCUACCUGGCGGGCAACGCCAAGUACAUGCCGGCCGGCGUGUCGGACGCCCUGACCUCCAUCUUCCAGGAGGAGGGUGGGCUCUCCAGCCCCGAGGCGGCCGCCUACCUUGCCAGGCUCCAGCGGACGCUGCGUUUCCAGACUGAGACGUGGGCCUGAGGCGCCGUCGUGCUGGUGGCCGCAGCCACUCUGACCACUGUCCUCCGGGGGCCGUUGCUACCUCCCGCCCUCAUGCCAGCGGGAGGACAGGCAGCUCUCCGGCAGCCCGCCCGCCCGCACUCCAGCUGACUCCCAUCCCACCCGCGCCCCGGCCCUGCGGCCCACCCCCACCACGAGGGCUGCAGGCUCCUGCUGGCCCCGCUCGGGUCCCGGUCAGGCUGGGGCCUGGGCUGCACACACCUUCCUGGCCUGGCUCCAGGAAAGUCUCAGCAAUAAAUGAUGUGCUCUGA